UAACAAUCCAUGUUGCUGGAUAGGUCCGUUGCGAUGCUGCCAGUCUUGGUGUCCCAUGCACCAACUGUGUAGCCUUUUCGAUCGAAUGCAAGAUCCCCACGCCGAAGCGCAAGAAGAAUCAAAAUAAAGCAAAAGAGAGCGUCGCCAGUGGAGGCGAAGAGCGCAACGAGGAAAAAGACAAAACGGAACCUUCGCCCACGGACGACAAAGAUGCUUUUGGUUACCAAAACAACCCGAUGGCCGUCGAUGCCUACGCCCAAUUCAUGAAGCCAAAAUUCGCCCGUGCCCCGAUUAAAGAAGCCGGAAGGGUUGCAUAUUUGGGAGAGUCCUCCAACCUGUCGCUCUUGGUUCAGGAUCGUCAUGGAACAACGGAUGUGGUGCACUAUCCCCUGCCGCCAAAUAUCAAAGGAUCCCGUGCCAGACUGACCGAUUUGGAUAACCUCGAACUUGACAUUUUGCACCAACGGGGCGCCUUCCUUCUCCCACCGAAACCACUGUGUGAUGAGCUGGUUGACGCAUAUUUCAAAUGGGUCGCACCUGUGGUUCCAAUUAUCAAUCGCAAUCGGUUUAUGCGUCAUUACCGAGAUCCUAAAAGCCCGCCAUCCUUGCUACUUCUCCAGGCGAUACUCCUAGCUGGCUCAAGGGUCUGUAACAAUGCUCAGCUUAUGGAUUCCAACGGCUCGACAACUCCUGCGGCCAUGACAUUUUACAAGCGGGCAAAAGCUCUGUAUGAUGCCAACUACGAAGAUGAUCGUGUCACCAUUGUACAAGCAUUGGUUCUCCUGGGCUGGUACUGGGAAGGCCCUGAAGAUGUUACCAAGAAUGUCUUCUACUGGACUAGAGUCGCAAUGGUUGUAGCACAGGGAUCGGGUAUGCACCGGAGUGUCGAAUCGUCCCAACUCAGCAAACCGGACAAGAGACUGUGGAAGCGAAUUUGGUGGACACUUUUCACCCGUGAUCGCUCCGUUGCAGUGGCUCUUGGACGACCGAUUGGUAUCAACACUGAUGAUUCCGACGUCGGGAUGUUGACGGAGGACGAUUUCAUCGAAGACGAGGUCGAUAUACCCGCGGAAUCCCCAUUAGACCCAGUUCACGUGCAGUUUUUCCUCCAGUAUGUUAAGCUCUGCGAGAUCAUGGGACUGGUCCUUUCGCAACAAUACUCGGUGGCUUCCAAGUCUAGACGCAUGAACGCUAUGGACCUCACCCAUUCGGAUAUGGCGCUGGCCGAUUGGCUCCAAAACUGUCCCAAGGAGGUGUGCUGGCAACGAUCACGGCAUCAUUUCUGGGCUGCUCUUCUACAUGCAAACUACUAUACUACACUUUGUCUUUUGCACCGAGCACACAUGCCGCCAGCUUCGUCAGCUCCCAGCACCUACCGGGUGGAAGAGAUGGCGUAUCCGUCUCGUACUAUCGCCUUCCAGGCCGCUGGAAUGAUAACUUCUAUCGUCGAGAACCUACAGAAUCAUCAAGAACUCAAAUACACACCCGCCUUCAUCGUAUACAGCUUGUUCUCGGCGCUGAUCAUGCACGUCUAUCAAAUGCGAUCUUCCGUGCCUAGUAUUGUGGCGACCUGCCAAGAGAGAAUUGGCAUCUGCAUUCACGCACUCAAGGAUGUAUCCAAGGUUUGGCUUGUGGCCAAGAUGGUCCACACGCUGUUUGAGUCCAUCCUGGGCAAUAAGGUUUUAGAAGAACGUCUUCAAAAGGCUGCAGGUAGGAGGCACCAAAGAGCGCGACCCGAGGCCCACAUGCCUGCGAAGAGGCAGGACCACCCACCCAAGCGCAAAUUCGACGACAUGGAUCUUGGCUUGCCAAAUGGAGGUCCCACGCCCCCUGUUUCUUACGAACGAUCUCGCCCCCAGACGCCAGCUGUUACGCCCUCCAGAGAGAUGGGCCAACCCCCGGCUAUAGGCGUACAAGGCUCGCCGAAUCCACCCCGUGAAACAUUGCCUGGAACUGGCGCUUCUCGGGGCAACACACGGCCUACAACACCCUUUAAUGGCCAGUUCUCCCUACCCGCGACACCCCCAGACCUCUUCCUCGUCACGCGUACCUCCCCCAAUCUCUCUCCGUCUCUUUGGGAGAACUUCCAGCCUGACCAACUAUUCCCCGAUGGAACGGCCAUCUUCCCAGAGCUGGCCUCUCCACAAAAUAACCCGGUUGACCCUCAGUUGCAGAUGCAGACGCACCUCCAGAACCAAAACAUGCAACGGUCUAUGAUGAACCAGGCUCCGAUGCCGGGCCGUAGUCUCUCUGGUAGCCAGGGAAGUCCUCAACUUCUCUCAAAUAUGCCUCCUGCAAUGGGAUUGCAAACACCUCAGCAACACCCUCAAAUGUUUGGAAUGGAGAAUCAGCAAGCAUGGCCAAUGCAAGGACUGGAUGCUCCUUUGAGUGGCGCGGCGCUGGACGCUGCGAGCCAGGACGACAAUUGGAGCAGCAGCUCUCGCAGUGGACCAACUGCGCCCACAACCCUCAAUGUAGAGGAUUGGUUCCAAUUUUUCGGUAUCAAUGGGAGCUUUGGUGACUUGGCGGCGUAAGCUGGAGGGAUAAUUCGCAGCUAUUCAAGCAUUUUUAGUCCAUUACUUCUGGCCUGUAUAAACAUCAACAAUUUUCGAUUG